AUGGAACUCUUUUAUAAAUAUCGCUCCAAGAGAGUAAAGCUUCCAAUUCAUAAUCGAGACUUAACACAGAUCAGUAGUGACCGAAAGAUAAGUGAAAAGUGCGAAAAAAUGCCCCCAAACAAGCCCAACAUUGAGAAAAACUGUGGCCAAAUCUUCACCAAAGGACCAACAAUAACACGAGAAAUCUUCGAGAAAAUGCAGAAAAACCAAACUUACAUCAUGGGCUACCAGAUCCAAACCAGACAGUUCUGGGUACUUUCCGGCCUUCUUGUCCUAUUUCUAUUGAGUUUGACCGGAGUUGUGGCUAUGUGGUUCACCGAAAUGUUCGAUAAUGCAGUUUUCUCGAAUUUGGCGAUUAUUCCCGAUACGAAAAGUUACGAAAUGUGGGUAAAACCAUCCCCUAAACCCCUUCUCAAAGUCUACAUUUUUAAUUAUACAAAUGUUCCCGAAUUCGAAAAUCACGAUGACGAAAAAUUAAACGUCAAAGAAAUUGGACCUUACGUUUACGAGGCGGCUUUGGAACGUGUCAAUUCAAAAUUUGACGGAAGUCAUGUGACUUAUCAGGAGCAACGUGUUUAUAAAUUUAUGCCCGAAUUGUCAAUUGGACGUAAACAAAAUGACAGGAUUAUUGUACCCAACAUUCCCCUAUUUACUGCGGCCUCGCUCAAUAAACACUCAACGUUUUUGACUAGAGUUGGUAUUUCAAGUCUGUUAAACAGUCUCAAUGCUAAGCCCUUCCUUAGUCUCCCCGCCCACCGUUUUAUUAUUGGCUACGAGGACAAUCUCUACGCCCUCUCUAAGAGCUACAUGAAAUUCCAGAACCAGAAACCGUACGAACGCUUCGGAUUGGUCUCUUCGAACGUUGGUAUCCGUGACGAUGUUGUCACAAUCAACACGGGGGCCACCGACAUCAACAAAAUCGGAUUGAUUGAGAGUUUCAAUGGUGAACCCGCCCUCAAUUUCUGGUCAACGGCCGAAUGUAACGACAUUAGCGCCGCCACAGACGGUACUCUUUUCUCGCCCCGCCUCAUACGCAACAAACGACCAAUCCAAUUCUACCUCAAGGAGAUGUGCCGCCCCCUUCCCCUCCAUUUCAAAGAAGAAGUGAAAAUUUUAAAUGGAAAAAUCCCAGCGUAUCGUUACACCCUCCCGGAGAACGUUUUCGACACCCCUGAACGUACCCCCUCCAAUCAAUGCUAUUGCGAUUUAGAUCUGGGGGAGUGUCCACUUCAGGGCGUGUUCAACGCAACGGCUUGCUCAUUCGGUGCACCACUUUUCAUGUCUUUUCCCCACUUUCACAACGCUGACCCCGCCCUAAAAGAGGGCGUGACUGGACUUAACCCCGAUUCGGUGGUUUAUGAAACCUACGCUGAUUUACACCCAACUUUAGGGUUUGUUAUGGCGGGGAAAAACCGAAUUCAAGUCAAUGUUCAAGUGGCAAAGGCUUUCGGGAUUAGUCAAGUUAAUAUGUUUGAAGAUGGGCUUAUGUUACCUGUCGCAUGGAUCGAGUAUGUCCUUGAAGAUAAGACACUCCCGGAUGAUAUGGUUGGUAUCAUCUUCCAGACGACUUUUACCCUCAGAAGUCUGGAAUUGGGGCUCAAAUAUGGCUGCAUUCUCACGACCGGAGUGACCCUAUUUUGUAUUUUGAUGAUUUUGAAAAAUAAAUGGGAGAGUAGGGAGAGGACAAGUAGCGUGAGACCGUUACAAGGGAACGAGGAGAUUUGCAUGAGUGCGUGAUUUUUUAUUAUGUACUGUUUUUCUGUGAAAAAUGGUUUGAGGCUAGGCUAAACUCCGUCCAUAUUGGAUUUAAGACUGAUUUUUGUAGCUAGAAUUUGUAAUAAACUGCUUGAUUUUGA